AUGUGUAUACUACUCUAUUCCAAAGUUGGAGAGGCAGUUGUGGUGUCUGACGUUGUCCAUGUGUGGCUGCAUUGUGGGGCCAAUGGCAGGGCAUCAGGCUUCGCAACAGUCAUGGAGCUGUACCUGGCACACAUUCUCUUACCCCUUGGACAACUGGAAGAGCCUCAUUCGUUGCGUGUCCGCUUACGAGCAAGCCUCAAGGAACGAUGCUCUUCAAACUUGGGGCAAUUAUUAAAUAUUUGUACAAAAAGUUGCUUGGCCCAUUAUCUGGCAGUUCUCAUCUCCCCCAAGGCUUACUGGUGGUUGUGCUUCUGUACAUGCUUUUACUUCGAUUGGACCCAGCGCUUCCAUCAUCGUUUAUAUGGAUUACAAAACUUCAUCAGAUGA